AGCAACAACGGCCGAAGCCAUGCCGAAGCUACAAUCGAGCGUGGUAAAAGCUGUAAAAGGCCUUUUUCGUUCUUCGAUGUAGCCGAGCAUCACAGCAGAAAAAAAGGAAAAGAAACAUGUGCGCGCUUGUUGCGAUAAAGACAUGCUUCCACGCUCGUAAAUUUUCACCGUUCUUGAGAAGAAGCUCGACGUCGACUAUUUUCGCGCUUUCGUCUGGUUCAAUACGAAGUGCCUUAGCUACAGUCAGGGUCUCUGGUCCGCACGCCGCAGCUGUGCUUCGUCGCAUCGCAAACCUGAAGCAACCGAUACCACGAAAAGCUUUUUUGCGGAGACUCGUGCACCCUUGCUCGGGCGUUCAUCUCGACACUGCUAUUGUGCUGUGGUUUCCAUCACCUCACAGUUACACUGGUGAAGACUGUUGUGAGCUACACGUCCAUGGAGGUGUUGGAGUUGUCAACGCAGUAUUGGGUGCCUUGUCGCACAUUGAAGGCGUGAGACAUGCAGAGCCAGGCGAGUUCACAAAGAGAGCUUUCAUGCACGGCAAAAUGGACCUAGCAGAAGUUGAAGGUUUGGCUGAUUUGCUAAAGGCCGAGACAGAAGCCCAGAGGGUGCAGGCAUUGGCACAGAUGGAAGGUAGCCUUAGCAAGCUCUACAAGCAGUGGACACAUGAUCUCAAAAUGUGCCUCGCAAAUGUUGAAGCCUUUAUUGACUUCAGUGAGGACCAGGGAAUCGAAGAGACCAUACUGGAUUCUGCCGCAGCACAGGCCGAGAAACUGGCUACAGAAAUCCAGAUUCAUCUGCUGGACGGGCGACGUGGUGAAAGACUACGAGAUGGUGUAAAGGUUGCCAUUAUUGGCCGGACCAAUGUUGGGAAGAGCAGCCUGUUCAACGCCUUAUGUCAGAGGGAUGCAGCCAUAGUAUCACCCAUUGCAGGAACAACCAGAGAUGUAAUUGAGAGCACACUGGAAAUUGGUGGUUACCCUGCUGUAUUCUCCGAUACUGCAGGCCUUCGCCAUAGUAAUGACCCUGUUGAACAAGAAGGAAUUCUGCGUGCCCAACACUGGGCAGCUAAUGCGGACCUGGCACUCAUAGUGGUGGAAGCAAGGGAAUUGCUUCAACUCAAGCCCACAACUGAUUUCAUUGACGACCACCUGAAGGAACUAGGUGUAGAGUCAUGUGCACAGCACCGCCUCAUCAUCUUCAACAAGCUGGAUCUUUUGUCUGACGAUGAGCAGGUCGCAGUUGAGCAGCAUGCUAAGAGCAUGUGCGUUGACAACUGCUUCACUUCAUGCACAACACAGCAAGGCAUAAGUGACCUAGUGAAGAUUCUUGGGGGACAUCUUGAAGACUUAUGUGGCAAGCCAGCAGACUUGAGCCCCAUUUUGACUCGGGAGAGACACAGAAGGCAUCUGGACCAGUGCUUGAAGCACCUGAAACUGUUCAACGCAGAGGUGCGACACGACUCUGUCAUAGGCGCCGAGCACUUGAGGAUUGCACUUUCUCACCUGGGCAGAAUAACAGGCCGUGUUUUCACAGAGGAAAUACUUGAUGUUAUAUUCAGAGAUUUCUGCAUAGGAAAGUAACUUUGUAUGACAGCAGGUUCACAAGCUGUGGCAAACAGGAGGAGGACAAUAAAUUGAGUAUAUAUACAAAAAAAAAAAAGGUUGUGUACGAUGCUUUAGGUGCAUGUUAAAGAACCUGAGGUAGUUGAAAUUAUUCUGGAGCCUUCCCACUAUGGCAUGUUUGACUGUGUAUUCCUUUGAAACAUUUAGUCAUAUUUAAUUUUAAUACUUUGUUAACUUUCUGAAAGUAUAGCAGUCUGUAGCUGUAAGUUAGAUCGUGCUAUAUUACAUUGCAUACAGUAAGGUUGUACAGAGCUCAGAUAUGUUAACAGGAAUGCACGAAUGCAUGCCCGAAGCAUAAGUCAAGGUACAGUGCACUCUCUCAGCCACUCAUCACUACAUGCAGGUGUGGACAAUUUGGUCUGGCCACACUGUGCGAUGAUGCUUGCCGUACUGAGAUAAUUUUGCAUCUGUUUUAUUUUCCUUGAUUUGAAAAUGAGAAAACAAAAAGAAAAGGAAAAGGCUAAACAAUCACAGUAAGGUAAGCAUCCUUGCACCCCGGGGCCACACCGGAUGUGCGCACCUGUCUUUGGCAGUGACUGGCUGAUGGGGUGCAAUGUACCUUCAGUUAUGCUUUGGCCAUGCAUUCACGCAUUCUGUUGUCUGAGCUCUUCUUGCUUCUCUUUGUUCACAUUAGGAAUCUUUGCUACCAAAAUGAUCCCAUUAAAAUCAAUCUUCCAUCUUU